AUGAAUACUACUGAUAUACAAUCAAUGAAAUCAGAGUGGAAAACAGAUUGCACAAUAACCUGUAUUCCACAAGAAUCCUUUAAUCAAAAUCAAUUACAAACUACUAAUUUAACAAUCAAUGAAUUUCAUUGUUCUGAUAUUCAUUCAGAAAAUUUAAAAUUAACAACAAAAUCAAUGGAUUCUUAUGAUAAUAAAGGUACUUUAUUGAUUCAUUCAACAUCAUCAUCUUCAUCAUCACCAUCUUUAUCAUUUAAUAGACCUAAAUCAUCAUCACCAUUAUCAUUAUAUGAUGAUACAAAUCGUAUUCUAUUUAAUGAUUUAUUAAAUCCUAAUGAAUAUUGUAUACAAACAAUAGACAAUAAUGUUACAAAUAAAUUAUAUCCAAUAAAAUCAUCAUAUGAAUUAAAGAAUAAAUUCAAUCGAUUUAUUACCAAUAUUAAUGAUAAUGAUAAUCAUUGUAUCCAUGAUGAUCAUAUAGAUGAUAAUGACACUGAUCAUGAUGAUGUUGAUGAUGAUGAUAAUGAUGAUGAUGAGAAUCAUGAAAAUAAGGAACAAACAAAAUGUUAUAAUUCAAUGGAACUAUCAGAAAAAUCUUAUUCACAUUUAACUAUUUAUAAAUCUAUUGACAAACAAUCUGAUUAUGAAACUAAAGAAUGUGAUACAUUAUAUUUAAAUGAGAUAACUGAUAAAAAUCAUCCUUCUGCUCCACCACCACCACCACCACCUCAGGAUCAACAUCACCAUCAUCAUCAUCAUCAGCAGCAGCAUCAUGAUGAUCAUGAUCACCCAACUUACUAUUCACCUAAUCAUGAAUUAACAGAUAUGAUGCCAUUAACAAAAAAAUCUAGAAUUUCUUCUUCAAAUGAUUUGAAUUGUAUAAAUUCAUUAAUAGAAAAAUCAGAUAAUGAUUUAAAUCAAUCUAAAUUACAUCAUCUAGAUGAUACAAUUAUAUCGACGACGACUACUACUACUACUACUGCUACUGCUACAUCUAUGUGUACACCAUCUAUAACAACUUCGUCUACAUCAUUAUUUCAUUCUAUAGAAUUUGGAAUUAAUAGUAAUAAUAAUAAUAAUAAUAAUAAUAAUACAUUUACAUCAAAUGAAAUAAUUCAUAAUAAAAAACAAGAGAAUAAUUUCUCUAUAAAUGAAUCAAAUGAUAAUAAUCAUUUACAACAAAAUUCUGAUUAUAAAUUUACAGGAUUUCGGCCUCGUUUUCAAUAUCCUCAUCAAUAUCAUUUAAAUUAUCAAAAUAAUAAUCAUAAUACUAGUAAUAAUACUAUUGAUCAACAUCAAUCAUCUUAUCAAUUGAAUAGUUUACAAUUAAAUCAUAAUGAUACUAUUUGUCAAACUACAUCACCUUUACAUAAUUAUUUUUCAUCAUUUUCAUUUAAUCGUUUACCAUGUUAUAAUGAUUAUAUGAAUAUUCAUUCUAAAGUUACAGAACAAUUUGAUAUAAAUAAUAAUAAUGAAAUGUUACAUCAUUCUAUAUUGAAUCAGGAAAAUGUUAUUGAUUAUUUACAUAAAUCAAAUAUGAAUACAAGUUUAUUAUCGAAUAAUAGUAAUGAUAAUUUUAGUAAUAAUAAUAAUACUACUAAUAAUGGUUUAACUAAUACACACAGGAAUUCAUUACAUAUUAGUAGUAUUAGUAAUAAUAAUAAUAAUGAUAAUGCUAUUGCUACAGCUACUGGAGAACAUUUAUUAAAUGGUCGACAUCCAAUACCUUCAUUUCAUUCAUCUCUUCUUACUACAAUUAAUGAAAAUAAUAAUAAUAAUAAUAAUAAUAAUAAUAAUCCUAUAACAUUUCCCUCUGCAAUAUCUAAUUUAUCAUCAAAUCAAACAAGUCCAUUAACAGCGUCAUCGUAUACAAGAAAUUUAAAUGAUUGUGGAGAGAAUCUAUCAAAAUUAAGUAAUUUAAAUUGGACAUCAAAUAAUACAUCAUCUCAUCCUUAUAGAGGGCAAAUAGGAUAUUCAAAUGAAUUUAGUAAUACUACAAGACGAAGAAAUGCUACAAAAGAAAGUACAACAACAUUGAAAGCAUGGUUACAAGAACAUAUUAAAAAUCCUUAUCCAACUAAAGGUGAAAAAAUUAUGUUAGCUAUUAUAACAAAAAUGACUUUAACACAAGUUUCUACAUGGUUUGCAAAUGCAAGAAGACGUUUAAAAAAAGAAAAUAAAAUGACAUGGACACCUAAACAUAGAGGUGAAGAACAAAAUGAUGAAGAUGAUGAUGAUGAUAAUGAUGAUGAUGAUGAUAAUAAUGAUAAUAAUAAUAAUAAUGAUGAUGAUGAUGACAAUGAUAAUGAUAAUGAUGAUGAUGAUGUCGUUGAAGAGAUGGACAUUAGAAACAACAAUAUAGAUAAUAAUAAUAAUAAUAAUAAUAGUAAUAAAGGACAACAUAAUGAAAGAUCUAGAUUAACAACUAAUCAAUGUAUUUAUAAUGAUCAUAAUAUUGAUGAAGAUGAUCUAAUCACUGGAUCUGAUGAUGAUUUAAAUAUUACAGAAAUAUCAAUAAAUCAAUUAAGAAAUCAUUCAACAUUUAAAAAUUCUCCAAAUUAUAAUUAUUAUCAAAAUUAUUUAUUGAAUAAAAAUGGAAAAAUCAAUAAAUUUCCAAUAAAAUCAAAUUUAUUUAAAAAUCAAUUAGAUAUAAAUAAUGAAUUAAUUUAUAAAAAAAAAUAUGAACAAUUAAAUCAUUCAAUAUUUAAUUCACCAUCUUCGUUUUCCUCUUCAACAUCUUCAACAUCUUCUUCUACUACUACUACUACUACUACUGAUGUAACAUUCAUGAAUCAAAUUCAACCAAAUUUCAAUGUAUCAUUUGAUUUAUUCAUGAAUGAUCAAUAUGAUAAAAUGAAUUGUACAUUGAAUUCAUUGAAUUCAUUUCAUAAACAUCAUGAUAUAUUACAACAACAACAACCACCACCACCACCACAACAACAACAACCACCACCACAACAACAACAUAAUCAUGAAUAUAAUAAAUUACAAUUACCAACAUCGUCAUCGUCAUCAUCAUCAUCAUCAGCAUUGUCACAAUUGAAUUAUUCUAUUGAAAAUCAUUUAAAUGAAUUUCGUAAUAAAAUUGAUAAGAAUAAUUCUAUUGGAUUAUAUUCAAAUGAAUCGAAAUUAGUCAAUUUAACUGAAUGUAAUAUACCAAAUAUUAUAUCUCAAUCAAAUUGGACAGAUAUGAUACCAACAUCAUUACCUAACAAUAAAUAUGAUUCAAUAUCAUUUGGACAACAAUCAUAUCAGAAUAUUUCAUUUCCAUAUUAUAUACAAGAAAAUUUACAUGUUUCACCUUAUAUACAUGGAUUUGAUACAUCAACUAAAGCAUAUUCAUCAUUUCAUCCAAUAACAACAUCAACCAAUAAUUUGAUAAAUUCAAAUAAAACAAAUUUAAAAUCUAAUCAUUUAUCACCAUCAACAUUAUCAUCUUCUUCACCGUCAACAUGUUCACCAUUAUCAUCAUCAUCAUCUUUAAUAAGUACAACAACUACAACAUUAACAAUAACAACUACAAUGAAUUCAAUGUAUACAAAUUUUCCUAAUACAAUGCAUUUAUUAACAUCCAAACCGUUCCCCCUUAACAACAACAACAAUAAUAAUAAUAAUAAUAAUUCACCAUUAGUUAAUAAUAUCAAUACUAUUAAUAAUCAUGAUAGAAUAUCAUUGACCAAUCUAUUUAAUCAUAAAGAAUUAUUUUCACCUAGAAUGUAUUGUAAUAAUAAUGAUAACUAUGAACAAAUUACAUCAUCGAAUUUAUUAACUUCAAAUGAUUUAUUAACAGGUACAUUAAAUAAAAUUAAUAAUUUUCAUUAUGGUACUAAUACGGACUUAAUUACAGAUAAUAAUAAUAAUGAUCAUGAUCAUGAUCAUCGUCAUCAUCAUCAUCAUCAUCAUCAUCAUCAACAACAACAACAACAAAGAUUACCUUUUAUUUCAGAGGUCAAUAAUCAUAAUAGUACAACAUCAAUCACCAUAGCAUCUACUAUGACAUUGUCAACAAUCAAUUCAUUAUGGUCAUCACAAUUAAAACAAUUAACAUGUUUAGAUGAAGGUCGAUUAGAUAUGACUUCAGAUCAGAUAAUAAGUAGUAGUAGUAGUAGUGGUGGUGGUGGUGUUAUACCAUUUCAACAGUUCAUUAAUUCUUCAUUAUCAAUACCAUUUACUACAACUGAUAAUAAUAAUAGUAAUAAUACAAUUAAUAAUGGUUUCAAUAUUUCAUCCAAAUUACAAUCGAAUGAAACUAUUACUACUACUACUACUACUACCAUUACUACUGCUACUAAUACUACCACUACUGAUAAUCAUAUUAGUAAUAUUUCAAGUCGACAAUUUACUCAAGAUGAUAUACAAACAUUAUCAUCUACAUUAUGGUCAAAUGAACGAUUAAAUAAUAAUACUUAUAAUACAGAAUUAAAUCAUAAUGCAUUUUAUCAACCAAUCUAUAACUCAAUGCAUACUAUGCCUACAAGAUAAAUAUUAAUAGAGUGUAUGACUUAUUAUUACAUCUAUUAAUAUAUAAUCAUUACUACUACUACUACUACUACU